AUGGUCCAUUUAGUUGUUCCACAGUUCCGUGCGGUGCGAAACAUCGGAUCAUUGCUUCGGCGGGCAUUUUCCACCAACAUUGGCGAAAACCGUGCAGAGAAAGGACUGGUCCUCGGGCUAUACGAACAGGAAAUAGACACGGAAGAACCGCGGUUAACACCGGUAGCUGGACACUUCGAUGCCAAAACCGAAGGUCAUUUAGUGAAUUUGAUCAAAGAGUCUAACUUGAAUGGAAAAAUUGGAACGGUUAAAGUAUUUAACAAUAUUGAUCCGGACUACGGCUCUGUAGCUAUUGUCGGUCUUGGGCUGGAAGGUUUAGGUUACAAUGAGCUGGAACAGCUGGACGAGGGACUUGAAAACGUUCGCAUAGCGUCCGGCGUCGGUGCAAAGUGCUUAGCUAAAAACGGUUGCACGCGAAUUUGGGUAGAUCCAAUGGAUGCCGCGGAACAGGCUGCGGAAGGCAGCGGUCUGUCGACAUGGAAAUACCAGGCGAACCGAAUGAAGCAAGAACGUUUGCCGAUCCCAAAGUUGGAACUGUUUGAUUCUCCCGAUGGUGAUGCCUGGACCAGAGGCCUGUUUAAAGCGGAUGCUCAAAAUUUAGCCAGAAGCCUAUCGGAUGCCCCAGCCAACCAGAUCACACCUACUGCAUUUGCUCAGGCAGCUGUUGACGCCCUCUGUCCAUGCGGGGUGAGCACGGAAGUGCGGAACAUGGAUUGGAUCGAAUCGAAAAGCUUGAGUUCCUUCUUGUCGGUAGCGAAGAGCUCAUGUGAACCUCCUGUCUUUCUGGAAAUCAGCUAUUGUGGCGAACACGACAGUGGACGUCCAAUCAUGAUGGUUGGUAAGGGAAUCACUUUCAAUAGUGGUGGUUUGUGCUUGAAGGAAUGUGACGGAAUGUCACAAUAUCGAGCAAGCAUGGCGGGUGCUGCGACUAUCGUCGCUACAAUUCGUGCAGCAGCCGCACUUUCACUGCCAGUUAACUUAGUUGGACUGAUUCCUUUAUGUGAGAAUAUGCCCUCGGGAAUGGCCUUCAAACCUGGAGAUGUAAUCACUGCUCUAAAUGGAAAAACCGUUGCAAUACAUGACACCAACAAUGCUGGAAGAUUGAUCAUGGCCGAUACGUUCAUCUAUGGACAGACAACAUUCAAACCGAAGAUUGUCCUCGAUGUGGCCACGCUUACUAGUGGCGUUACCCAUGCGUUGGGUGGCGCUGCAAGCGGUGUAUUUGCCAAUUCGGACUUCUUAUGGAAACAGAUGCAAAAAGCGGGAUCAAUCACCGGUGAUCGAGUUUGGAGGAUGCCGCUGUGGAAGUAUUUCACCCAUAAAGUAACAAAUUAUACUAACGUCGACAUGAGUAACACCGGCCAGGGCAAGGGCAGUUCAUGCUUGGGAGCUGCAUUUUUGAAAGAAUUUGUACCGUGUGUCGAUUGGAUUCAUCUGGAUAUUACCGGUAUCGGCAUGCUAAAGAAGGGCGUCGGAAUACCCUAUCUCGAGGAGCAUCGCAUGACCGGCCGACCAACGCGGACGCUAAUUCAGUUCCUGUACCAGAUGGCUUGCCCGGAUGAGCAAAUCAAAAGUCUGUCGAAGGAGAAGUCGACCUGUUGA